AUGGCAGAGGUUGCCGGCGAGGGUCGCUCCAAGGCACAGCUCAUCGUCGGCAUUGAUUUCGGCACCACAUUCUCGGGCGUCGCAUUUGCCUUCGCUACCAACACCGAGGCCAAGGAAGAUAUCAUCACCGAAUGGCCAGGUGCGGGAAACCAAACAAAACAAAAGAUUCCCACGGUGCUGUACUACGACCAGUAUCAGAAGGUCGUAGGGUGGGGUCCAGAUAUCGCCGACGCACUGGCCCCCACCGGUUACCCCAAGCCAGGUGUGCAAAAGGUGGAGUGGUUCAAGCUCCAGCUGAUGCUGUCUGGUAACACUUACAUUGACCCCAUCAACCUUCCCCCGCUUCCCCCAGGGAAGUCUGAGAUCGAUGUCGCCGCCGACUACCUUUUCCAUCUGCGGCAGGCAAUGAGGAAUCAGCUCCAGAAGACUCUCGGUGAAGUGUUCAACAGAGAAGAGCGCAACAUCAGGUACUACCUGACAGUGCCUGCCAUCUGGAAUGAUGCUGGAAAGGCUGCCACCCGUGCGGCUGCGAUCCAGGCUGGCUUUCUCCGCGAUGAGAACGACAAUAGGCUGACGCUGAUUACCGAGCCUGAAGCCGCAGCCAUGUUCUGUUCUAAGACUGGUCUUCUCAAUCUCAAGAUCCACGACGCUGUCCUGAUCGUCGAUUGCGGUGGUGGUACCGUCGAUUUGAUCGCCUAUGAGGUCGAAGAGGAGCAGCCUUUCUCAGUAGCCGAGUGCACAGCAGGGUCUGGUGAUUCCUGUGGAUCCACGGCUCUGAACCGAAAUUUCAGUAACAUUCUCCGUGCUAAGAUCAGGAAGAUGAAGUUGCCCGAUGGCUCCAAGACGGCCGGCAAGGUCUACGCCAAGUGUAUCAUGGACUUUGAGAACAGGAUAAAGGCUGAUUUCCGAAAUAACGGCCAGAAGUGGGCCGUCGAUGUUGGUAUUGAGGCUGAGUUCCCGGAAGCUGGUAUCGAGGAAGGCUACAUGACUUUCACGAACGAGGAGAUUCUGCAGUGCUUCGAGCCCGUGGUGAACCGAAUUUUGGAGCUAGUGAGGAACCAGAUCAUUGCGAUUCAGGCCCAAAAUAGGGCGUUGCAGAACGUGCUUGUCGUCGGUGGUUUUGGCGCUUCGGAAUAUCUCUUCCAGCAAAUUAAGCUCCACGUGCCACCCCAGUUCCAGUCCAAGGUUGUCCGUCCUAUGGACUCUGUCGCCGCUAUUGUCAAGGGUGCCGUUACAGCCGGUAUCACCGAACGUAUUGUCACCCACCGCGUUGCCCGUCGCCAUUACCUCAUGGCCACUCUCCAGCCAUUCAAGGAGGGCCACCACCCGGAGCAGUACCGUGUACCAUCUUUGGAUGGCAAGGAUAGGUGCAAGUAUACCCGCCAAAUCUUCGUCCAGAAGGGUCAGCGUGUCAAGAUCGGGGAGCCAGUAAAGGUUUCUUUCUUCAGACAAGUAGCCCCCGGCGCUACUCUGAUGUACGAAGACAUUUUAUAUGCAUGCGAUGACGAUGUUUGCCCGGAAUAUACGAAGGAUCCUCGUAUCAAGGAAGUCGUUACCCUCACCUCCGAUCUCUCCCGAAAGAACCUCGAGAAGGACUUCGAGCGCAUGGACACGCCACAGGGUACUUUCUACCGUGUAUACUUCGACAUUUACCUCACGCUUGACGGCUCCGAGUUCAACGCCGAGCUUGUGUGUCAAGGCGAAGUCAUGGGUCGCUGCACGGCUAGGUUCAGAUAG